GCAAAAUCGCAACAUCCUUGAGAAUUUGUAUUUCAUUGUAAAGGAGUUCUAAAAUCAAUCAGCCCAAAGGUGCUAAUCGCAAUUUCUUAAAACGUUUUAUCAAUAAAUGCAUACUUUUCCAACAGUUUGCAAUGAAAUCCGGUUCUUUUUUGAUGAGAGCGAAGUUAUGUUUCUACUAUAAACUCUGUCAAUCCAAAUAAAAAAUUAAUGAAAAGGCUCUGUUAAAUGAAAAUAAAGGAAUUUCCUACUGCACUAUCUUUUCGAAAAUAAUUCAAAAUUUGCUCAAAUAUAACAAAUGCCCUCCGAUGCUUUCUCAUGCUAUUUCUCUGUUUUUUAUAGAUCUUUGUUUACAAUUUCGUUUCCUGCGUACCAGAUUGGUAUCAAACUUAAGGAACUCUAAUUUGUCUCGUUAUCUGCAAUUAACUAUAGGACUCCGUUACUUUCAGCAACGACGCAGUUAUACGGGUUGAAAUACCAUUCAAUUCGUUUUCACAUUCUUUGAGGAAUUCUUUUGUUUAUUUACUUUUCAAUAUUGACCUUCUGUGUCAAUUAUGGUUUCCAUGGACAAAAGCAAAAAUGUGCAAGAGAUAUUGGAUGCUUUAAAGUCGGAAUACGAUCUCCUGCAUAAAAACGCGCCAAAUACAGAAAGUCGUGCUAAUGAUUAUGAAACUUCAAUGAUUCAAUCCCAAAUUCAAGAUAUUGAGGAUUUUCGUAAAAGUCUGGACGAAAUGAUUGAAAAGCAAAAAGCUAUACGCGAAACUUAUGAAAGGGAGGCUAAUGCGAUCAAACACGAGCUGGAUGCUUUAGGAGUAGAUGCUUUCAAUUCAACGAAGCCCUCUUUCAAUGAACGUAUUAACAAAGACGUUAAGCCUUCUCAACCCUCUACAUCCUCAAAACCACUCAAUACCGUUGAUGCUACUAAAAUACCUUCUAUGCAACCUUUUCCUUCCGCCCAGCAACCUGGUUUUCUUUCCAAUCCAGUUCAUGAUUCUUCAUCCAAUGCUCCCGUUGCGGCGGCUACUGGUGAACACCAAAAUAUUACGCAUCCUGGACAGCAAACGGUCCUUGGUAAUAAUGUAACGAAUAUCUCAGAACCUUCGGUUUACGUGUCUCCUAUUUCCUAUGCCGGUACAUCAAUUCCUCCUCAUGCAGCUGUUCCGGGAAAUACACAGGUAGCUAGCUUACCUGGUUAUUAUGUUGCAAAUCCUGAGCAGCAGCAAAAGCAACAGCAACAGCAACAAUCUUCUCAACUUCAGACACAAGAAAUCCCCAACGCCGCAAAUAGCAUAAGUCAAUAUACCAGUAGACAAGCAUACCAAGAACAUGAGGCCCAUGCCAGAGAUGUAGGACAACCUUCUGCUUAUACACAGAAAAAGUCUCAAUCACCCAGCUGGUAUGUCACUUAUAAUCCAGCUUGCCGAAGAUUAUUCAAUAUCAAUCUCAUUCAUACCCUUGAGCACCCUAGUGUUGUUUGCUGCACCAAGUUUAGUCAUAACGGAAAGUACUUAGCUACUGGUUGUAACCGUGCUACAAAUAUUUUUGAUGUUCAUACGGGUCAAAGACUUUUUACUCUCAACGAGGAUUCUCCAGACCAAUCUCGUGAUUUGUACGUUCGUACUAUUGCUUUCAGUCCUGAUGGAAAUUACUUAGUUACUGGUACCGAAGAUCGUCAAAUUAAGUUAUGGGACCUUAACACACAGAAAGUUCGUUUUCUUUUUUCUGGUCAUGAACAGGAUAUCUAUUCACUUGACUUUAGCCAUAAUGGUCGUUUUAUCGUUUCCGGAAGUGGUGAUCAUACCGCUCGGUUAUGGGAUGUGGAAACUGGUCAAUGUAUUCUAAAGCUUGAGAUUGAAAAUGGUGUUACAGCGAUUGCUAUUUCUCCAAACGAUCAAUACAUUGCGGUUGGCAGUUUAGACCAAAUUAUUCGUGUUUGGUCCGUGUCCGGAACUUUAGUAGAGAGACUUGAAGGUCAUAAAGAGAGUGUCUACUCCAUUGCAUUCUCUCCAGACAGUAAAAUUUUGGUCAGUGGAAGCCUUGAUAAAACAAUUAAAGUCUGGGAAUUACAAUUCGCUCAGUCUGUUGGUCUUUCUGCCAUUAAACCAGAGGGUGUUUGUAAAGCUACUUACUAUGGUCAUUCUGAUUUCGUCCUUUCCGUUGCCGUUUCGCCAGACAAUCGUUGGGCCCUUAGCGGCUCCAAAGAUAGGAGCAUACAAUUCUGGGAUUUACAAACAGGCCAAUCGUAUCUAACAUGUCAAGGCCACAAAAACUCUGUUAUCUCUGUUAGUUUUAGUCCUGAUGGCAAGCAGUUUGCUUCCGGAAGUGGUGAUUUACGAGCCCGUAUUUGGUCAGUCGACCCCGCUAGUCCAUAAAAACAGCGUGCACUGUUGUAAUAUUUUAUGUUGAUUUAAAAUUACUUGAAAAUAGACGCUUUGUCUACUUUUAAGUCUAGAAAAAUGAUGGAAAAUGCCCUUUAAAAAAUGAAAACAAUCAAAGGUACAACUGAUCACCAAAGAAAAUAUGGUAAUAGGUUUGGAAUCAAGUCUGUAUUAUGCAACGGUUCUGUUUAAUACUCUUUUGUAACUAGUCAGCUAGCAAUGUAUAUAAUUUUUGGUUUGAUUACGCUUACAUGAAAUUCC